AUGGCGGACGACACAGAACCUCGUUUCCUGAUUCAUCAGGCGACUCAUUUGUUUCUUACGGAACCUGUCUAUUUUCAAGUCAUUCAAAUGAACAAUGCUUCUUUUGUGUGGGUUGGUCGAAAUCAGGCCAAACUCAGUGACUUGUCUGUAGCUGUGCCCAGUUUGAGAAAUCAAUCGAUACCUUCGGCCACCACCGUUCUCGGCAACGAUGUGAGUGAAGUGAGCCGAAAUAUAGCACCUUUGAAAUAUGAACAACAGUUCUAUGUCAGUUUGGAUAUUGGCGAUAAAGAUGAUCUUUUGAAUGCGUUUGUCGAAAAGAAACUGAUGAUCUUGGUGAAAUCCAUACUAUCAUGA